CUGCAAUAACCAGUCACGGCUGCUGUUUAAAUCAAUGAAAUGACAUUGUGAAGGUUCCUUUUGUUUCUGUACAGAAUAAUAAUGGGAAAGUCUAAUCGAUCCAUUAAUCCAGCAGAUGCUUUACGUAAAAAGCAGCGAAAGAGAGAACUUAAAAAAAACAAAGAAGAACGUAAGCGUGCGCGCGAAAGUGUUUUAGCAAAGAAAGAUGUCAACAAAGUGAAAGGUGAAAUAUCAAGAUUAGAGCAUUUAGCCAGCAGUGGUCAAUUGAGUAAACAGGAUCAAGCACGUUUAGAUAGUUUGAAAGCAGAGGCUAGCAAGAUUGAAAAAGCCAAAAAGGUAAAAGAAAUUAAAUUAUCAGCCAUGCAAUUUUAAUAACAAUCAUUCACUAUAAACAGAACGCUGGAAGCCAACUCACA